UGAGACUCGCGGUUAAAACUGAAAGAAAAGAUAAUUAACUGUGUUUACUUAAAUUUUCACUGUAAAUUUUCUAGAGUUUGCAUGAUUGAACCAUUUGUUUAAUUAAAAGUGUGUAUAACUUUGUUCGAUGAUUGAAUGCUGAACCGCGGUUAAGUGAUUUAGUGGUAAAAGCUGGUUACAUCAAUGGCUCAAGUAAAAUUUGAGAAAAUAAUUUCUUGUUCUUCAGAAGAUCCUGAUUUCCCUGCUAAAAAUAUUUUAACAUGUGGAGAGGUUCCUGGUGCUUGGAAAACUGCCAAAGAAGGUGAAAGCCAGGGAACGGUAGUCAUUCAGUUGGACAGAAAGUACAAGAUAAGUCAAUUGGAGAUUAAAAAUGAAGCCUCUGCAUUCAUUGAGGUUCUGGUUGCCAAUCAAGAUGAGAACGAAGAGGCGAAAUUUCAAGUUUUGUUAUCGGUAUCGUCUUUUAUGACUCCCAAUGAGAGUAAAAAUUUAUCCAAUGUCAACCGUCUGAGAGUCUUUGCAAAAGAUAAAUUAUCUCCUUCUGCUUUGAAGCAAUCAUUUGAUUUGGUCAAAAUCAACUGUACUCAACCUUUCAACAAAACUAUAAAGUAUGGAAUUUCAUAUAUAAAAAUAAUGGAAGGUGACGCUGAUGACUCUUCUUCUCCUAUCAGUUCAGCCCUAUCAAUAAAAAAUAGGGUAAACGACAAUAAAGAUGAUAAUACUCCUGUAUCACCACCCACCAAAGAUAGUUCACCUAGAGCUGGCACUGCACCUGUAGACACACUUAGUAUGCCAAAUGUAAAAGAUGAUUCUUCACCAUCGCCCAAUAAGAAAGUAAAGGUUGCAACAAGAACUCUCGAUAAACCUUCGACCUCUAGAGACCAGGAUAAACGAAACGCCAAACCGAAGGAAAAGAAGACUAAAGUAGAUCAACCUUUUUGCCAAUUGAUGAAAGGUGUAACAUUCACUAUUAGUGGAUUCCAAAACCCAUUAAGAUCUGAAAUUAGGAGUAAAGGAUUACAAAUGGGUGCUAAAUAUAAAGGAGAUUGGGAUAGAAGUUGUACGCAUUUGAUUUGUGCAUUUCCAAAUACGCCAAAAUUUAACCAAGUCAAUGGUACUGGUGGAAAAAUUGUUACCAAAGAAUGGAUUGAAGAAUCGUACGAUCAGCGAAAGUUGUUGCCGUGGAAAAAAUACAGUCUAGUUGAUGGAGGAAGAGCUUCAAAAAAGAGUAGUUCAGAAGAUGAAGAUGAUGGAGAAAUGGACGAUUUUAUUGUCGAUGAUGACGAAGAUGAAGAUGAAGAAGAAGAAUACGACCCAAAGACUAAAAAUGAAUUAGAGGAUGAAGAUGAAGAUGUGAAUGAGUUAGGACCUGUGUUGCCACAAAAAUUGCGAGACAACUCCCCUCAAAGGCCCAAACAACCUACUUUAAUUAAUUCGCCAUUACAAAAUAAAAGUCCAAAAGACAAUAAGGUUGAUAAAGUCAAAGCAAAAAAUAACAUUAAAGACGAAGAUUACAAUAGCGAUGAUAUUUAUGAUGCAGCAACAGAUGAAGAUUAAUGCAAUUAAAUUUACAUUGAUCAUGAUAAAAUUUUACCAAUCAUAACUCUAAAUUUUGUUACGAAUUAUUGUAUUAUUUUUAUUAUAGAUUAUCAAAAAUUUCUUAAAUAGCACUAAUAAAAAUACAUUUCAGUUAAAUAA